UAGAAUAAUAAUUAUUAUUUUAUAUAAUUUAUCCAGAUGAGUCCCAUUGCGAUGGAAAAAUAGCCCUGGCCAUUUUUAUAAUGAUGAAAACAACAAAAUAGCAAUAAUAAUAAUAAUGACAUGACCCAUUUAUUUAGCUAAAUAUAGGCUACUGCCUAUACUACCAUUUCUUAAAUGGCUUUGUGCAUUUGAUGAGCAGAUUAAUGGAUGAAUUUAUGUAUUUGUUAAGGCUGUGGGUAAGUUAGAGCGGUUAAUUAUACAGGUUUAAUCAUUUUGCUUUUCGUGGUUCUUAUAUUUUCUGUUGUGAGUUCUGCCGGCUGUUGGACUUCCGUCGCCGGUUGGAUUAAUCGGCGCGGAUAAUUCAGCGGUGCAAAAGCAUUUCAAAGUAGCGAAUUUUGUCAAUCGGAGGAGAUUUUAAUUUUGCUGCAACCAAGGGGUUUAGGUUAAUCAGAAAGGCUUCAGAUUCAGUUUUAUAUCACUGUUACCUUAUUUUCCGCAGUAGGCCACGUCGUAACUUUCCUAGCUAUAAAUGUAAAUCUCUUUGCAAUGUUUAAUCAUAAGAAAUUGCAACAUUAGCUACAUUUAGAAUGCAGCAGUUGGCAGUUUUGGCGCUGAAACCGUGUGUAACUUCGUCCCGUGAAACGUUUUUUCCACAUACUUUCAGCCAUAAUUUAUUCAGAGAAUAAGAAACCCGUGAGCCCGCUGGCCCGGUGGUGUAAGCGCACGUCUCCCCAAUAUUACAAUUCUCCCAUUGUUCACAAUCAAGUUCGCUCUACAUAUAAAGUAAUAUUUGUAUGCAUAAAAAAAUACAUGGCCCUGUUGUAAAACGUUAGAAGGGGAAACGGUAGCCAUUUAAUAGUGAACAGACUGAUUUAUUCCGUAUUGUUCUGUCUUGGGGAUCACGUGCGCAUGUCACCCAAUCGAAUGGCAGGCAACGUUCAACUUAUUAGCUGACUGUAGUUCUUUGUCGGGGCAAGUUGCCACUUGAUUUCUACAGAUUGUUAUUUUGUGGCGAUAGUACAGUGCCUGUGUGCGCGUGUUUGUGUGUUUGUGUGUGCGCGCGUGUAUGCGAACGUGCGUUUGCCAUGUCGGCGCCAGGAACACUGAGUAGUUACUACGUGGACUCCCUUGUCCUCGCGGACGCCGAGUACUGCUCAGCUCCUCGAUACCCCGCCGGUGCUGGGCUGCAGAGCGCGCGGCCGACCGCGCUCCCAGAACACUCUGAGUUCGGAACCUGCACUUUCCAGACCAAACCCUCCGCGUUCAGCGCGUCCUGGGGCGCCGUGCCUACCCAGCCUCCGAGCGGUGUGUCGUCAGUGUACCACCCGUACGCGAAUCCACAGGCUACCGCAGGGGACUCUGAAGGAAGGUAUAUGCAGUCAUGGUUACUGGAGCCUUUCGCUGGAUCGCUGCCCCUGACUGGAAUACCGUCGAGCCAGCAUUGUGCCGUUAAACCGGAGAUCUUGGCCGGUGGCGGAGCGGAGAGCACGACCCUGCUCCUGUCCGAUUUCGCCAGCGGAUCGCCCCCGGUGGACAAGAGCGCGGUGUCCAGCCCGUCCUCCCUCUCGCAACCCGCCGCAGAGAGCGCGUCCGUCCAGAAGAAGGCAGAAGCCGACCCGAAUAACCCGGUGUCCAACUGGCUGCACGCGAGCUCCACAAGGAAAAAGCGCUGUCCCUACUCCAAGCACCAGAUCCUGGAGCUGGAGAAGGAGUUCCUUUUUAACAUGUACCUCACGAGAGACCGCAGAUACGAAGUGGCGAGACUCCUAAAUCUCACGGAAAGGCAAGUCAAGAUCUGGUUUCAGAACCGGCGAAUGAAGAUGAAAAAAACAAGCAAAGAUGGACAGAAAGACGAUUGAAUCAUGUGAAAUAAAAUAAAUAUAUAUAGGCUAUGGAAAUAUAAUUAACGUAAGUAAGAAAGAAAAGGCGUUGGACUACUCUAAUUCUUAACCAAAUGUGAAUUUGCGUUUAGCUCUUUCUCUCUCUCUCUCUCUCUCAAUCUUAAAAUGUCUUGGCUGGUUUCAAAAAGUAUAGGAAUCCGUGCUACGACCGCAUGUUCUUGUCUGUUCGUCAAUCUAAUGUGUGUUUCCUCCUCAUACGAAACUACCUUGUAUUGCACAAAUUUGCAGUCUGUACAAAAAUGUUCGUUCAUUUCUGUUUUAAAAGUGUGUAAAUCAUCUGGUCUAGGUUUGCCGCCAUACUUGCGGCGUUUAUGAAUAGGCCCAAAUGCUAGCUUGUGACUGGACUUCGUAGAUUAGAAAUGUAGCAAUGUGUUUAUUUGUUUUGUAGUUUAUGUGUACCUCAGGGUCGUUUGGGAUGUAAUAAUACUUCUUGCUCAGAUGGACAUCGUUUAAAGACGCAAUACAGUCUCGGACUGGAAGGUAAAAGGAAACCAUUACUAAAAUCGGGUGCAUGAGCUUCAACGACCUCUUGAAAUGCAACAUCUUAUUAGACUGACUACGUAUUUGAAACCAUGUGACAGUAUGCAUAUAUUUACUGCAGAUACUGUCUCACAACUACCUACAUGUAUUAGAAAUUUGUAGCUGCCAAAUACACGUAAUUGUAAUUGUUAGCCCACAGAAUGCGGCUUACACGAACUAUUAACGUGUAAAUCUACAGUUACGAUUAUUAUUUGUGAAUUUCAUGAGCUUAAACUCUGAAGGCGGGCAUUUUUUUUUUUGUUAAAGAAGAGAAAGCACUGUUCAUUUAAUGUGAUUAAUACCUCGUGGUCAGAUGACCAGUCUGUUCUGAAAUUGAGUUUGUACGUUAUUUAAAUAAUAAAAAUGACUGAAAUA